UGGUAACUCUGAAAUGGCACUGUGGCAAACGUCAAACGAUGUCGAGUUUUGUGUUAGAAAAUAAUUAAUUUCAAGACUUUUGUGUCAAUAAUUAUGUGAAUAAUGAGAUUAAAGUGUAAAUAAAUGUCAUAUUAGUGUUGUAUAGUGAUUAUGGCGCAUAGUGGUGGAGUUUUGAGCUCAGAUAUAUCUCGUAGAAAUCCCCAAGAUGAGUAUGAAUUGGUGCAGAGGAUCGGUUCUGGAACCUAUGGCGAUGUAUACAAGGCGAAAAGGCUUAACGGCAACGGUGAACUUGCCGCCAUCAAGGUGAUAAAACUGGAGCCCGGCGACGACUUCGCGAUCAUCCAACAAGAGAUCCUCAUGAUGAAGGACUGCCGGCAUCCGAACAUCGUCGCUUAUUACGGCUCGUAUCUGCGCAGGGAUAAACUGUGGAUCUCUAUGGAGUAUUGCGGUGGAGGGAGCUUGCAGGACAUCUAUCACGUGACUGGGCCAUUGACAGAGCUUCAAAUAGCCUACAUGUGUAGAGAGACCCUUAUGGGUUUGACUUAUCUACACGGCAUGGGGAAGAUGCAUAGGGACAUAAAAGGUGCUAAUAUCCUGUUGACGGAAUGCGGCGAUGUUAAGCUUGCAGAUUUCGGGGUUUCUGCUCAGAUUACGGCCACGAUCAACAAGCGGAAGUCCUUCAUUGGCACCCCUUAUUGGAUGGCGCCAGAGGUUGCCGCUGUUGAGAGGAAGGGGGGAUACAACCAACUCUGCGAUAUAUGGGCCUGCGGUAUAACAGCCAUAGAACUAGCGGAACUCCAGCCUCCUAUGUUCGAAUUGCAUCCGAUGCGGGUGCUCUUCCUCAUGUCGAAGUCCGGCUUCAAGCCGCCGCAGCUGAGGGACAAGGAGCGAUGGUCGCAGCUGUUCCACGGGUUCCUGAAGCUGGCGCUCACGAAGAAUCCCAAGAAGAGACCGACGGCUCAGAAACUGUUACAGCAUCCGUUCUUCCUGCAAGAGAUGAGCAAGAGGCUAGCGAUAGAGCUGCUGCAGAAGUAUUCGAAUCCACCGACGCACUGCAACCCGGAGCCGGACGAGGACGCGGGUAUAUCGAGUGUGCCUCAACGCAUAGCGUCGCGCCACACGAACCGAGGGGGGCGCCGGAUACUCGCCGAGCGGCUCCGCUCGCCAGGCAACUCCGUCGACAGGCUGCGACCGAGAAGCCUGGUCCCCGAGCCGGCCCCCCCCUCGGACGAGGAGGGCGCCAUCACCUUCACCGCGCCCCCCGCCGCCAGGGCUGAUACCAUCAAUAACACUGUGUACCAUAGACAAUCGAGCGAAGACUGGAGCGUGGCCUCGAUCAUAAGCUGCCCGAAACACAAUCCAAUAUCUCAGGAUCUGUCCUUGGACACGAUGCCGAGCAGCGAAAAGAGCCUCUUGCAAUAUAUUGACGAAGAGUUGAUGCUCAGGGCAACACUACCGUUGACAGCUGACACGACACUGCCGCAGGCUGGCAACACAGGUCUUUCGUUGCACGACCAACACCUCUCGCAGUGUAUACAGUUGAAACAAAACUACUUGAACAAUUCAAGUACGAACAUUUACCAGAAUUUAGCUUCGAAUUUUCAAAGUCCGAUCGGCACGUCGCGAGAUAUCGACGAAGACAUCUUAUACGUUGAUCAGUUAGAGGAUUCGCCACGGUUGUUGAACGCGAAUUGCGAGUGUGGUUUAUGUCCGAAGCCAGAGAGGAAAGGCGAUAACACUCUGAGCGAUUUACAGAAAAGCGUGGCGCCGAAAUGCUCGUGCGACUCUUGCAACUCCAACGGCGAUAUCCUCAGCUAUUACAGGAACUGUACUAGCCAGAACUCUGACUCUGGUAUCGUUUACUGCGAGAAAUGCAACAAGCAGAAGAUAUCCGUUUCGAACUUCCGAGCUUUACAGAUAGCGAACAGCCUCAGCAUGGCUGAUGACGAAACCCGCAAUGGUAGCGUAUCGGACGACGACCUCUGUCGGCGGAUCGACAUGAGCCUCAAGAUGGACGAGAAAUUCGAGAACAGGAAACGGCACAAUCGACACGGCGCAGAUACGACGACUUCCGGCAUAGACCUGAGUCAGUUCUGUCAGUGCGAGUUUGAGGGUAGGCGUAAAACGUCGUCCGUCGAUGAGAUAUUCAAAAUGGUUGAAGAGAAAGACGUCGAGGGCUCGGUUGAGGAUGAGGCGAAGGUUAGCCAGCGGCAGAGGAGCUUGAGCGACAGUCAGAGGGAUAAAGCGAAAGUCGAGAACAAAGUGUCAGGUCCGGGUACGCCGCCGGUGCCGCCCCGCCGCGCGCGCUCCCGCCGCCUCACCCCUCCGCGCCCCGCACCGAACGGACUCCCCCCCACGCCCAAGGUGCACAUGGGGGCUUGCUUCUCCAAGGUGUUCAACGGAUGUCCGCUAAGGAUAAACUGCACGGCGUCGUGGAUACACCCGGAGACGAGAGACCAGCACAUACUGAUAGGUGCUGAAGAGGGCAUCUAUACAUUGAACCUGAACGAGCUCCACGAGACGGCGAUGGACCAGCUCUGCCCCAGGAGGACCAUAUGGAUGCACGUCAUCAAAGACGUCCUCAUGUCGCUGUCGGGCAAGACGGCGUCUCUGUACCGGCAUGAGCUUCUGGCGCUGGCGGGAGGCGCGCGGGGCGGAAGGUCGCUCCGGGUCCUCGCCCCCAAGCUGCUGCCCAGACGGUUCGCCCUCACCACCCGCCUUCCAGACACAAGAGGUUGUACGCGCUGCGCAGUGGCCCGCAAUCCCUACAACGGGUACAAGUACCUGUGCGGCGCCACUCCCGCGGGCCUCUUCCUCAUGCAGUGGUACGAUCCGCUCAGGAAGUUCAUGUUGCUCAAAAACAUAGAAUGUAGUGUACCCUCGCCCUUACCGGUCUUCGAACUGAUCAUAACCCCGGACUCCGAGUACCCGCUGCUGUGCAUCGGCGCCACCAGGAAACCCCUGAGAUUGAACCUUAUCAACAUCAACUCAGGUGCGACGUGGUUCCACUCAGACGAGCUGGAGCCCUGCGUUGGGGGCUCCAACACGGUCCUGCCGCGACCGGAGCGCCUGCACACACUGCGGGCCGUGCACCAACUCAACAAGCACUCGGUGCUAGUGUGCUACGAGAACGUGGUGGACAUCAUUCCGGUGUUGCCAGCGUCGCUUGACUCGGGCCGGUGGCGCGGGGACGACGACAAGCGGAGGGGGAAGCUACUCUCCAGAAUAGAGUUCGACUUUAAUAUCGACAGUAUACUGUGCCUGGCGGACUCUGUCCUGGCGUUCCACCGGCACGGCGUCCAGGGUCGCUCGCUGCGCAACGCUGAGGUCACCCAGGAGAUCACGGACCAGUCCAGGGCCUACAGGCUGCUGCCGCACGACAAGGUGGUAGUGCUGGAGUCUCACACUCUGCAGAGCAACACAAUGUCGAACGACGAAGGCAACGAUCUCUACAUACUGGCCGGACACGAGGCUUCAUACUAGACUAGAACGUAACGAGGUAUAUGAAAAAAUAACGAGCUCUUAGACUAACGCGACCCUAGCUCUUAGACUAUAGUGCGACCGGAAGUGGCUCAGUCCGUGAUACCGCCGCGUCUAGCUCUCGGAGUAUCCGGUUAAUGAAACUAAUGAGAUAACAUUAAAUGAUUCAUUACGUCAUUAAUAUUUAAUUGCAAAUUGCGGUUCUAAACGACGAAGCGGCAUGAAAUUAAAUAGAAAUCUAUAUUCGCAUCAAUGAGGGUAGGAUGAAUUUUUGAGUACAUUGCGUUGUCAGUAUUAUCUGUACUCGGAGUUACUGUUAUAGUCUGUCGUUUGAUGCUAUUAAAAAUAAUCUUAUCGAUACUCUUACUGUUGGAUCACGGGGUGGUGGUGAUGUCGACAAGUCGAGUAACCUCGAUGUGUUUCCGCAAUCUGACAAUAGAUGGCGUUGUGCUUCUCGAGCGUUCUAGGUGCUACUAGAUCCUUCGAUAUUCGUUCGGCUAUUCGGCGAUAGAUGGCGUUACUCUUACCGGCGUAAUGAUAGGACAUGAUAUGACGAGAGAUUAAUCUGGUAUACCUUCACGGUCAGAUGACUACGAAUAGUACGCAGUAUUCGUAACGUCCAAACCAUUGAUUCGAGGGUUGAAAGGGUAUUUAUGCAACUUUACAGGAGAGCCAUUUAAAGUUUUAAAAUUUGGAGAAACUAAUCAUAACCAAAAAGACUUCUUCAGCUAUUCGCAUGAGGUAAAAUUAACUGAAGUUCAAGUUAAAAACGUCGAACUGUUGCUAAUGCUAAUACCAAAUAAAACGCACCUCUAAUUACAAAGACUAGAUGAUGACCGAGCUUUGCUCGUUUUUUUUUAUAACGCCAUCUUGUUGUGUCUUUAAAGCGGUUAGUUGCCCUCAAUUAAGAAAAAUAGUAUUAUUAUUCGCCAAUAGAUGUCGGGAAGAGUUGAUUAUUGAAAACACGAAUAAAAGAACAUUUUCUGAAAAUAAAUCAUAGCUAGAUCGAUUUAUCGCCCCCGAAAUCCCUGUAUACUAAAUUUUAGAAAAUCGUUGAAGCCGUUUCCGAGAUUCAGAUUAUAUACAAGAAUUGCUCGUUUAAAGGUAUAAGAUAAAUGUCAGUUAUUAAGCAAAAUAUCGCUUAAACUAAAUAGCCUUUCAUCUCACGAUAUAAUAACAAUAAAAAAACGCAAGAUUAAACCGUAUCGUAAAAGAUAGUUUUUUUAAUUAGGUCAAUUUCUCAUUUGAUGAUAUUCCUCUCUGUCUCCGUGCUUAGCGUUAUGGAGACCAUCAUUCAGUUUGGUCUUGAGAAUUGAGCGAUUUUUUUAUUGCUUAGAUGAGCGGACGAGGUCACGUCCCACCUGGUUUUAAGUAGUUACUGGAGCCCAUAGACAUCUACAACGUAAAAGCCGCCGUCCACCUUGAGAUAUGAGUUCUAAGGUCUCAGUAUAGUUACAACGGCUGCCCCGCCCUUCAAACCGAAACGCAUUUCACCUUUACGGCAGAAAUAGGCGAGGCGGUGGUACCUACCCGUGCGGACUCACAAGAGGUCUUACCACCAAUAAAUUCGUCCGAAUGUCUGCCCGAGCUGCGAUAUCUUGGUCUUUGCUCGAGAUCAUGUCCGAUUUUUCGGGCGAUGUCGUUAAAACCCUCCAAGAUUCUUCGGAGGCAGGUGUGGGCGUGGCCCUUAAUCAUCAUUACAUCACUUACCUCCCAUAUUUAUAAAGGGAAGUUGGGUUUUUAACUCGUACAGUUUGCGUAAUUGAAAUUGGGGGUUUUGUCGUUAAUUUUUCAACGAUAACUUUGGCUUAUUACCUAAAGGGACGUAUGAGAUCUUAGUCCCGGUUCGAAGGUCAGUGGAGAUCGUGACCGCUUGCAUCUCACCACGUGUCCCAAGACGUGAGGUCGAAACCUGAGUUGCUACGUGGAAUUCACGUUCCCGCCUCCAAAUUGCAACUCGUAACGAACGAUUUUUCACGGCGGAAAUAGGCAGGAUUAUGCUACCCGCGAAUGCUUACAAUACACCCGACCGUGAUAGAGUACUCUGAAAAUGCUGAUGCCCAGUCUCCAGUGUGUCCCUCAGACGCCUCACAAAAGAGAUGUGGAUGCUAAUAUACUUAACGACCCACCCAAAGUAUACGAUAACUUAGUGCAAUCUUAUCCGAUAUUAAAACCGGCGUCACUAAUUCUACAAUACGUCGAGCUUUUGAACUUAACUGUCACUAGGGAAAGCUGCAAGUUAAAGCUUUAUUGAUUGAAUCCAUUCUUUCAUUUUUAUCGAAAUAGUGUGUAACUCUCACAUUAACAGUUUUGACGUUUGACAAACUUCAAUUGUCAUAAAUAUUAUCUAACGAUUAGAAAUCGAAUCGAUAUUGUGAAUCGAUAAAACGAUAGGCUUAAGACUAAUUGUUAUCACUGCCAAAGUUUAAUAGCAUUCCAUUUUAAUGAAAGCAAUAAUUAUCUUAAUUAAUAAAGCGAACUUAAUAUCGAUAUAAUUCAUUCGGCUUUUUUGUUACGAUUAAAUCGAAUUGAAUUAUUUAGAAAAUCGAUUGUUUAUUGAGAAGAUUUUUAAUCGUAAAUAUACAUACAUAUAUGCAUGUAUCGUGCAAAACAGUUACAAAGAUGAAGGCCCCGACCUGGAUUGUAAUUAAAACACUAACAACCAAUUUGCUGUACAUUGCGGGUCGCUUCUCAAAUCUUCUAUAUAGACCAAUCUGAAGACUAAAAUUUAUUAAUCUAAUAGGAAAAGAACAUUAAUUUUCUAAGUUAAGUUAAAUUUGGCCUCAGAAUUCGUAAUUUCAAUCGUAAACAAUUGUCAAUCGUAAACACGCGGCGAACUUUCUGGGUCUUUGACCUCGGGCAUGUACUGAUUUAUAAUUGUAUUCCAUUGCGCGCCGAUCAAACUAAAGUAAAUUUAUUCGGAUAGUUUGGAUAUUGGUUUUAUUAUUGUUCAUUUAUUUCGGUUUUCCCACAAAAGAUAUAACACACACACACACACACACAAAAGAACUGUUUUUAAUGGAGCGAUAAUAGCAUCCCGGUAAACAGCAUCAAUACUAAGACAACUAUGCUAAUUUCAAUUAAGAAUGAAGUGUAUAUAUACGUUCAAAUAAAGAGCAUAAAGACAAUGUGUUUUUUUAUCACAAUCUUAAGACUUAUAAUUAGGUCAAAUUAAAACAAAACCACGGACAGAAAAGCCAAAAAAAAAAACAAAAAACAAAUCAGGGAAGAGAAAACAGAACAUAACUAUAAAAUAAUUAAUUAUAUUCGUGUUACCGAAACGAGAUUAUGAAGAUGCUAAAGGAUUUCGUAUCAGUACCAAUGAUUUUUUUGUUUAGGGCAAUCCUAAACAUAUAAUUGUUUCUAGUGUGGCAACGCAUCAGCAGUAUGGCAACACAAGUCGUGGCACAAACAUUUCUGGUCGCAGUGUAUUUCAUAUUUUAUAUGAAGAGAAUGAAAAAUCUAAAUCAAGUUUUAUUAAAGCUAGCACAAAAUACACUCCACGCUACAUACAAUUAUUAUUUAAAUUCUACCAUAUAUAUAUUUAUUUAUAACACAAAUUCUACUAUUCAGUUGGACGUUCUACAUCGCGUCGUGACUGCAAUGUUUUUAAUGGCAACCCUAUUGCACGAUUAUUACGAGCGAUACGAUCUUAUACCCGGAGUUCUUACACAUAGGCGGUAAUUACUUGACCCGUGUGUGAUAAGAAGUAUCGCUUCUAACCUGUCACACCAUUUAAAUCGGACGGAUAUAGAUAUUAUCCAGAAUCAUAUGCGACCAAUAGAAUCGCUUGCUUCUGUCAGCGUUUGCAAAGAUUAUAUUUUUACUGUCUGCAGUGCUGUCAUUGUAAAUGUCAAUAGAACAUUACAAUGUGCUAUUUAAGACCAUUGACAGCAUCACAAGCAGUGAAUAGCUAAUAGACUUAUACGAUUAAAUGAUGAAUAUUAAAUUGGGGUUAUGUGUAAUUUGGUUUAGCGCCAAAACGAUGUUUAAAAUGGGUAGUUUAAAAAUGAAAUAAAAAGACAUUUUUUUUUAGUUUUCUUUAAACCAUAUAGAAUUAACUUUUGAUUAAAAAACGCGCUCGCUUUUAUGUAAUAUUUUUUUUUUUUGUAAAUAAUAAAAGUUUAUUCCAAUUAGUUUUAUAGUCAAUUGUAUUAUAUCAUUAGGUUAGUUGUGUAAUUAAAAAAAAAGUGUAUUUAAUUAUUAUUAUUAUUAAUUUGAAUUUGUAACACCUCAAUUGUUUUUACGGAAAGUUUUAAUUAAUUUAAACUUUUCCAAAGUGUAUUUUGACUGAUAUUCGCUAAUCCAGUGGAGUUAGACAUUUAUGAUGCUACUUUAAAAUGUAAUAGGAAAUUAUGUAUGCAAUAAUAUUAAUAAUUCACGGAUGAACUAAAAACAUUUUAAAUAUUAUAGAUAUUACAGAAAAUAUUAUUUUCAAAACGACUUGUAUUAAUGUCUUUUCCUAAUCAUGUUGCGUUUUGAUAAAUGUAGCCUUAAAUACUUUUUUAUUGGUCUUGAGGUGCAAGUGGUUCUCGAAGUACGUAUGCAUCGCCUCAUAAAUGCCUCCCUCAACCCUCCAAAGCAGAAUAUUAGCUUGAUACCAGGGUGGUGGGGGAUACCAAGGUAUGAUGAUACCAAUUGGCGAUCAUAAAAACUGGCAUCGCAGACCAAUAAAAAAGCAAAAGAAAUUGGCAAUAUGUAUUUUUGUAUAGGAAAAGUACAUUGUAUUUGUAUCGCGUUGGAAGGGUGUUGAUUAAGCAGCGCCACGGUUCGAUGGUGCCGCUGAGGGCAGCUUUUGAGGUCAGGGUAGCGAUGGUCGAGUCGGUUGAGGGUCGAUCUUGGUCGUUUUGGGCGAUUUUCUCUCACAUAAGACAUUGUACAGUUGAUCAUGAAUCAUGAUUGGAGCGUCUACGGAAUUCGGAUCAGUGUGCUUAGUGCGAGUUUCUUAACAUUCGCGAUAGCGUAAAAGUACGUAAAAGUUAAGCCAAUUUUGUAUACAGUUGGAACAGCGCCCCUAGCGGCAAACGUAGGCAAAUGAUCCCAUUCCAUAUACAAAUAUGAGCUAACUUUUACGCUAUCGAGAACGUUAAAAAACUCGCACUAAGCACACAGGAGUCAGAUUGUAAUGUGUAUCCCAGACUCGCCCGUCACUGGAUCAGAUGGUAUUAACUUAUGAACUGUGAUAUUUCAAAUCACAGUUGUGAUGUAUUUUUUUUGUUUAUUGCACGCAAAACGUUAUUAAAUUGAAUUCUUUUGAGUUUAUCUUUGAAUUGAAAAAAGAAAAAUCGCUUUUCACCAUCGACGCUGGCUGUAAAUAAUGAGAUUAAAAACAGUUUCUACCUUUUUGUCUGUGAUCAUGGUAGAAGUUUUAGAUUGAAUGUUGUCAACAUCGAAGCUAUCACUGGCGUUUCGUUUCACGCACAGUUUUCAGUUAUUUUGAAAAUCAACUUGACAGAAUUUAGGAAAAGGAACGUACGCUUAAGUAACGUUGUGAUUUCGCUAAUUUAAUAAUAAUAAUAUUAAUAUUAUUUGUUUCGUUUUUAUUUUUUUAUUUUGUCAAGUUGUUUUUUGUUAUGGUUACAUCGACUUUAUGCUUUCAAAUAAUACCUUUUUAUUUAUACCUCUCUCAAUAAACGUUUAUUUUGUAUGA